GGGGACAGCCCAGCGGGUCUCUCCUCCCCCGCACCCCAGGCCUCCAGCGGGGCGGGAGGGGACCGUCCCAUAUAAGCCCCGGCUCCCGGGGCUCGGACGCCCGCGCCGGCUGUGCUGCACAGGGGGAGGAGAGGGAACCCCAGGCGCGAGCGGGGAGAGGGGACCUGCAGCCACAACUUCUCUGGUCCUCUGCAUCCCCUCUGUUCCUCCACCCGUCCCCUUCCCACCCUCUGGCCCCCACCUUAUUGGAGGCGUCAACCCCCGGGAGGCAUUGGAAGGGAUUUUUCCCGCAGGUUGCGAAGGGAAGCAAACUUGGUGGCAACUUGCCUCCCGGUGAGGGCGUCUCUUCCCCACCGUCUCAACAUGCUCAGGGGUCCGGGGCCCGGGCUGCUGCUGCUGGCCGUCCUGUGCCUGGGGACAGCGGUGCCCUCCACGGGAGCCUCGAAGAGCAAGAGGCAGGCUCAGCAAAUGAUUCAGCCCCAGUCUCCGGUGGCUGUCAGUCAAAGCAAGCUGAGGCUCACGUGGACUUUCCUUUUCCCCUCAGCUGAAGAGACUUGCUUCGACAAGUACACUGGGAACACUUACCGAGUGGGUGACACUUAUGAGCGUCCUAAAGACUCCAUGAUCUGGGACUGUACCUGCAUCGGGGCUGGGCGAGGGAGAAUAAGCUGCACCAUAGCAAACCGCUGCCAUGAAGGGGGUCAGUCCUACAAGAUUGGUGACACCUGGAGGAGACCACACGAGACUGGUGGUUACAUGUUAGAGUGUGUGUGUCUUGGUAAUGGAAAAGGAGAAUGGACCUGCAAGCCCAUAGCUGAGAAAUGUUUUGAUCAUGCUGCUGGGACUUCCUAUGUGGUUGGAGAAACCUGGGAGAAGCCCUACCAAGGCUGGAUGAUGGUAGAUUGUACUUGCCUGGGAGAAGGCAGCGGACGCAUCACUUGCACCUCUAGAAAUAGAUGCAACGAUCAGGACACAAGGACGUCCUAUAGAAUUGGAGACACCUGGAGCAAGAAGGAUAAUCGAGGAAACCUGCUCCAGUGCAUCUGCACAGGCAACGGCCGAGGAGAGUGGAAGUGUGAGAGGCACACCACUGUGCAGACCACAUCGAGCGGAUCUGGCCCCUUCACCGAUGUUCGUGAAGCUGUUUACCAACCGCAGCCUCACCCCCAGCCUGCCCCCUAUGGCCACUGUGUCACAGACAGUGGUGUGGUCUACUCUGUGGGGAUGCAGUGGCUGAAGACACAAGGAAAUAAGCAAAUGCUUUGCAUGUGCCUGGGCAAUGGAGUCAGCUGCCAAGAGACAGCUGUAACCCAGACUUAUGGUGGCAACUCAAAUGGAGAGCCAUGUGUCUUACCAUUCACCUACAACGGCAGGACAUUCUACUCCUGCACCACAGAAGGGCGACAGGACGGACAUCUUUGGUGCAGCACAACUUCGAAUUAUGAGCAGGACCAGAAAUAUUCUUUCUGCACAGACCAUACUGUUUUGGUUCAGACUCGAGGAGGAAAUUCCAAUGGUGCCUUGUGCCACUUCCCCUUCCUAUACAACAACCACAAUUACACUGAUUGCACUUCUGAGGGCAGAAGGGACAACAUGAAGUGGUGUGGGACCACACAGAACUAUGAUGCCGACCAGAAGUUUGGAUUCUGCCCCAUGGCUGCCCAUGAGGAAAUCUGCACAACCAAUGAAGGGGUCAUGUACCGCAUUGGAGAUCAGUGGGAUAAGCAGCAUGACAUGGGCCACAUGAUGAGGUGCACGUGUGUUGGGAACGGUCGUGGGGAAUGGACAUGCAUUGCCUACUCACAGCUUCGAGUCUUCAAGGCUGUUUAUCUUUUCCUUGUGUGUAUUUUAGACCAAUGCCAGGAUUCAGAGACUGGAACAUUUUAUCAAAUUGGAGAUUCAUGGGAGAAGUAUGUGCAUGGUGUCAGAUACCAGUGCUACUGCUAUGGCCGUGGCAUUGGGGAGUGGCAUUGCCAACCUUUACAGACCUAUCCAAGCUCAAGUGGUCCUGUCGAAGUAUUUAUCACUGAGACUCCGAGUCAGCCCAACUCUCACCCCAUCCAGUGGAAUGCACCACAGCCGUCUCACAUUUCCAAGUACAUUCUCAGGUGGAGGCCUGUGAGCAACACCGUGACAGGAGAGACAACUCCCCUUUCUCCCCUUGUGGCCACUUCUGAAUCUGUCACUGAAAUCACAGCCAGCAGCUUUGUGGUCUCCUGGGUCUCAGCUUCCGACACCGUGUCAGGAUUCCGGGUGGAAUAUGAGCUGAGUGAGGAGGGAGAUGAGCCACAGUAUUUGGAUCUUCCAAGCACAGCCACUUCCGUGAACAUCCCUGACCUGCUUCCCGGCCGAAAAUACAUUGUAAAUGUCUAUCAGAUAUCUGAGGAUGGGGAGCAGAGUUUGAUCCUGUCUACUUCACAAACAACAGCGCCUGAUGCCCCUCCUGACCCGACUGUGGACCAAGUUGAUGACACCUCAAUUGUUGUUCGCUGGAGCAGACCCCAGGCUCCCAUCACAGGGUACAGAAUAGUCUAUUCACCGUCAGUAGAAGGCAGCAGCACAGAACUCAACCUUCCUGAAACUGCAAACUCCGUCACCCUCAGUGACUUGCAACCUGGCGUUCAGUAUAACAUCACUAUCUUUGCUGUGGAAGAGAAUCAAGAAAGUACACCUGUUUUCAUUCAACAAGAAACCACUGGCACCCCACGUUCAGAUACAGUGCCCUCUCCCAGGGACCUGCAGUUUGUGGAAGUGACAGACGUGAAGGUCACCAUCAUGUGGACACCGCCUGAGAGUGCAGUGACCGGCUACCGCGUGGAUGUGAUCCCCGUCAACCUGCCUGGGGAGCACGGGCAGAGGCUGCCCAUCAGCAGGAACACCUUCGCAGAAGUCACCGGGCUGUCCCCUGGGGUCACCUAUUACUUCAAAGUCUUUGCCGUGAACCACGGGAGGGAGAGCAAGCCUCUGACUGCCGAACAGACAACCAAACUGGACGCUCCCACUAACCUCCAGUUUGUCAAUGAAACGGAUUCUACUGUCCUGGUGAGAUGGACUCCACCUCGGGCCCGGAUAACAGGAUACCGACUGACUGUGGGCCUGACCCGAAGAGGCCAGCCCAGGCAGUACAAUGUGGGUCCCUCUGUCUCGAAGUACCCACUGAGGAAUCUGCAGCCUGGAUCUGAGUACACCGUAUCCCUUGUGGCCAUAAAGGGCAACCAAGAGAGCCCCAAAGCCACUGGAGUCUUUACCACACUGCAGCCUGGGAGCUCCAUUCCACCUUACAACACCGAGGUGACCGAGACCACCAUUGUGAUCACAUGGACACCUGCUCCAAGAAUUGGUUUUAAGCUGGGUGUACGACCAAGCCAGGGAGGAGAGGCACCACGAGAAGUGACUUCAGACUCAGGAAGCAUCGUUGUGUCUGGCUUGACUCCAGGAGUGGAAUAUGUCUACACCAUCCAAGUCCUGAGAGACGGACAGGAAAGAGAUGCGCCAAUUGUAAACAAAGUGGUGACACCAUUGUCUCCACCAACAAACUUGCAUCUGGAGACAAACCCUGACACUGGAGUGCUCACAGUCUCCUGGGAGAGGAGUACCACCCCAGACAUUACUGGUUAUAGAAUUACCACAACCCCUACAAACGGCCAGCAGGGAUAUUCUUUGGAAGAAGUGGUCCAUGCUGAUCAGAGCUCCUGCACUUUUGAUAACCUGAGUCCCGGCCUGGAGUACAAUGUCAGUGUUUACACUGUCAAGGAUGACAAGGAAAGUGUCCCUAUCUCUGAUACCAUCAUCCCAGAGGUGCCCCAACUCACUGACCUAAGCUUUGUUGAUAUAACCGAUUCAAGCAUCGGCCUGAGGUGGACCCCGCUAAACUCUUCCACCAUUAUUGGGUACCGCAUCACAGUAGUUGCGGCAGGAGAAGGUAUCCCUAUUUUUGAAGAUUUUGUGGACUCCUCAGUAGGAUACUACACAGUCACAGGGCUGGAGCCGGGCAUUGACUAUGAUAUCAGCGUUAUCACUCUCAUUAAUGGCGGCGAGAGUGCCCCUACUACACUGACACAACAAACGGCUGUUCCUCCUCCCACUGACCUGCGAUUCACCAACAUUGGUCCAGACACCAUGCGUGUCACCUGGGCUCCACCCCCAUCCAUUGAUUUGACCAACUUCCUGGUGCGUUACUCACCUGUGAAAAAUGAGGAAGAUGUUGCAGAGUUGUCAAUUUCUCCUUCAGACAAUGCAGUGGUCUUAACAAAUCUCCUGCCUGGUACAGAAUAUGUAGUGAGUGUCUCCAGUGUCUACGAACAACAUGAGAGCACACCUCUUAGAGGAAGACAGAAAACAGGUCUUGAUUCCCCAACUGGCAUUGACUUUUCUGAUAUUACCGCCAACUCUUUUACUGUGCACUGGAUUGCUCCUCGAGCCACCAUCACUGGCUACAGGAUCCGCCAUCACCCUGAGCACGUUAGCGGGAGACCUCGAGAAGAUCGGGUGCCCCCCUCUCGGAAUUCCAUCACCCUCACCAACCUCACUCCAGGCACAGAGUAUGUGGUCAGCAUCGUUGCUCUUAAUGGCAGAGAGGAAAGUCCCUUAUUGAUUGGCCAACAAUCAACAGUUUCUGAUGUUCCGAGGGACCUGGAAGUUGUUGCUGCGACCCCCACCAGCUUGCUGAUCAGCUGGGAUGCUCCUGCUGUCACUGUGAGAUAUUACAGGAUCACUUAUGGAGAAACAGGAGGAAAUAGCCCUGUCCAGGAGUUCACUGUGCCUGGGAGCAAGUCUACAGCUACCAUCAGUGGCCUUAAACCUGGAGUCGAUUAUACCAUCACUGUGUAUGCUGUCACUGGCCGUGGAGACAGCCCCGCAAGCAGCAAGCCAAUUUCCAUUAAUUACCGAACAGAAAUUGACAAACCAUCACAGAUGCAAGUGACCGAUGUUCAGGACAACAGCAUUAGUGUCAAGUGGCUGCCUUCAAGUUCCCCUGUUACUGGUUACAGAGUAACCACCACUCCCAAAAAUGGACGAGGACCAACAAAAACUAAAACUGCAGGUCCAGAUCAAACAGAAAUGACUAUUGAAGGCUUGCAGCCCACAGUGGAGUAUGUGGUUAGUGUCUUUGCUCAGAAUCCAAGCGGAGAGAGUCAGCCUCUGGUUCAGACUGCAGUAACCAACAUUGAUCGCCCUAAAGGACUGGCAUUCACUGAUGUGGAUGUCGAUUCCAUCAAAAUUGCUUGGGAAAGCCCACAGGGGCAAGUUUCCAGGUACAGGGUGACCUACUCGAGCCCUGAGGAUGGAAUCCAUGAGCUAUUCCCUGCACCUGAUGGUGAAGAAGACACUGCAGAGCUGCAAGGCCUCAGACCGGGUUCUGAGUACACAGUCAGUGUGGUUGCCUUGCACGAUGAUAUGGAGAGCCAGCCCCUGAUUGGAACCCAGUCCACAGCUAUUCCUGCACCAACUGACCUGAAGUUCACUCAGGUCACACCAACGAGCCUGAGCGCCCAGUGGACACCACCCAAUGUUCAGCUCACUGGAUAUCGAGUACGGGUGACCCCCAAGGAGAAGACCGGACCAAUGAAAGAAAUCAACCUUGCUCCUGACAGCUCAUCCGUGGUUGUAUCAGGGCUUAUGGUGGCCACCAAAUAUGAAGUGAGUGUCUAUGCUCUUAAGGACACUUUGACAAGCAGACCAGCUCAGGGAGUUGUCACCACUCUAGAGAAUGUCAGCCCACCAAGAAGGGCUCGUGUGACAGAUGCUACUGAGACCACCAUCACCAUUAGCUGGAGAACCAAGACCGAGACGAUCACUGGCUUCCAAGUUGAUGCUGUUCCAGCCAAUGGCCAGACUCCAAUCCAGAGAACCAUCAAGCCAGAUGUCAGAAGCUACACCAUCACAGGUUUACAACCAGGCACUGACUACAAGAUCUACCUGUACACCCUGAACGACAAUGCCCGGAGCUCCCCUGUGGUCAUCGACGCCUCCACUGCCAUUGAUGCACCAUCCAACCUGCGUUUCCUGGCCACCACACCCAAUUCCUUGCUGGUAUCGUGGCAGCCGCCACGUGCCAGGAUCACCGGCUACAUCAUCAAGUAUGAGAAGCCUGGGUCUUCUCCCAGAGAAGUGGUCCCUCGGCCCCGCCCUGGUGUCACAGAGGCUACUAUUACUGGCCUGGAACCGGGAACCGAAUAUACAAUUUAUGUCAUUGCCCUGAAGAAUAAUCAGAAGAGCGAGCCCCUGAUUGGAAGGAAAAAGACAGACGAGCUUCCCCAACUGGUAACCCUUCCACACCCCAAUCUUCAUGGACCAGAGAUCUUGGAUGUUCCUUCCACAGUUCAAAAGACCCCUUUCAUCACCCACCCUGGGUAUGACACUGGAAAUGGUAUUCAGCUUCCUGGCACUUCUGGUCAGCAACCCACUGUUGGGCAACAAAUGAUCUUUGAGGAACAUGGUUUUAGGAGGACCACACCUCCCACAACAGCCACCCCCAUAAGGCAUAGGCCAAGACCAUACCCGCCGAAUGUAGGUGAGGAGAUUCAAAUUGGUCACAUCCCUAGGGAAGACGUAGACUAUCACCUCUACCCACAUGGGCUGGGACUCAAUCCAAAUGCCUCUACAGGACAAGAAGCUCUCUCUCAGACAACCAUCUCAUGGGCCCCAUUCCAGGACACUUCUGAGUACAUCAUUUCAUGUCAUCCUGUUGGCACUGACGAAGAGCCCUUACAGUUCAGGGUUCCUGGAACUUCUACCAGUGCCACUCUGACAGGCCUUACCAGAGGUGCCACCUACAACAUCAUAGUGGAGGCACUGAAAGACCAGCAGAGGCAUAAGGUUCGGGAAGAGGUUGUUACCGUGGGCAACUCUGUCAAUGAAGGCUUGAACCAACCUACGGAUGACUCAUGCUUUGACCCCUACACGGUUUCCCAUUACGCCGUUGGAGAUGAGUGGGAACGAAUGUCUGAAUCAGGCUUUAAACUGUUGUGCCACUGCUUAGGCUUUGGAAGUGGUCAUUUCAGAUGUGAUUCAUCUAGAUGGUGCCAUGACAAUGGUGUGAACUACAAGAUUGGAGAGAAGUGGGACCGUCAGGGAGAAAAUGGCCAGAUGAUGAGCUGCACGUGUCUUGGGAAUGGAAAAGGAGAAUUCAAGUGUGACCCUCAUGAGGCAACGUGUUAUGAUGAUGGGAAGACGUACCACGUAGGAGAACAGUGGCAGAAGGAAUAUCUCGGUGCCAUUUGCUCCUGCACAUGCUUUGGAGGCCAGCGGGGCUGGCGCUGUGACAACUGCCGCAGACCUGGGGGUGAACCCAGUCCCGAAGGCACUACUGGUCAGUCCUACAACCAGUAUUCUCAGAGAUACCAUCAAAGAACAAACACUAAUGUUAAUUGCCCAAUUGAGUGCUUCAUGCCUUUAGAUGUACAGGCUGACAGAGAAGAUUCCCGAGAGUAAAUCUUUCCAACCCAGAGGAACAAGCGUGUCUCUCUGCCAAGAUCCAUCUAAACUGGAGUGAUGUUAGCAGACCCAUCUUAGAGUUCUUGUUUCUUUCUUAAGCCCUUUGCUCUGGAGGAAGUGCUCCAGCUUCAGCUCAACUCACAGCUUCUCCAAGCAUCACCCUGGGAGUGUCCUGAGAGUUUUCUCGUAAAUGAGGGCUGCACAUUGCCUGUUCUGCUUC